AUGAGUUGGAGAAACUCAGUAUUGAAUACCUUUGGCUUAGGACAAAAUAACGAAGACGAAGAAAACCCUCCAUACACUAUAAGAAUUACCAACACAAGAUUUACUCUGGGAGCAUCUCCACCUAUACCAACUCCAGAUUUACCCUGGAAACCAUCGCCAGCUACACCAACAUUAACUCCUCAACAACAAAAAGCACAACUUGAACAAGAAGAACUCGAGGAACAACAGAGACUCCUCGAACAAAUAAGAAUUCAAGAAGAAGAGACCGAUCGAUGCCUAAUAGAAGAGCGAAAUCACUGUAAUCAAGAAGAACAAGAGCAAUUACGAUUAGCAAGAGAAUAUAGGGAAACAUACGAAGCAAGUAGACAGCCAAUACGAGUAAACUUAGACGCCUAUACUUCCCAUUCCUCUUCUCCUACUAUAUCACCUCGAAGACAACAUCGCGCCCCUCGAAAUCGUCCAUUCCCACGAUCACCAUCACGAUCUAACGAAGCAGGACCUUCUCAUACUCAACUCCCUGUCAAAACAACUCCACAGAUAAUAGAAGAGACUUCACCUCUUAUCACUUUAACUACAGAAGCCAAACAAAUCCUCCAACUAAUCAAGAACCUAACCUUACCUGAAAUUAAUAAUCAAACACCUACCCCUCUACCUGAAGUAAAUUUACCUUUAAUAAAUUUAGGAAAUAUAGUAAAUAUGGUAAUAACACAAGAUGUAACUGCUGCUAUAGGACAGUUAGUUGCUGUCUUAAAUAUCCAACUUCAACCAUAA